GUUUCCAUACAUUACCCUGUACAUCGAUCGUACGUGAGGGUCAACAUGCUACAUGUAUGAACUAGCAGAAAUUGAUGGAGACUCCGUGUUCGAAUUUUGCCCGAAAUACUGCUGAUGCAUUUAGGAUUUCCAACCUUGGAAAGUUUUCUCACAGACGCCAUGACGUCCGCUCCAAGGAGUUGUGUAUUGCUUCAACAGUUCUUCAUUUAUAACCCAACACUCGGUCCGAGAGAGGGUGAGGAAGAAAAGAAGAUUCUCUUUUAUCAUCCGAGGAAUACAACCAUCGAUAAUCAAAUAAAAAAUGUAGGCCUGAGUGAAGCUGUCAUCAAAUUUACAGAAACCUUUUCAACAGAGCAACCAUGCGAAUCUAUGCACACACAGAAGACCAGACAUCUUUACCUACAACCCGAGAAGGAUUUCUCCAUUGUAAUGGUUAUAACUGUGCCUUUCAGUGACAAGACAAAAGAUGGCAAGACAUAUCAUGAAUACCAUGAAGAAGACAUUCAAGAUUCAGUCUAUUCGGCCGUCCUCAAGCACGCCUACAAGCUCUUCAAGCUCUUUAUGGGGUCUUUCACGUCCAUCAUGGAGAACAACGGAAUUGACCAACUCAAGCACAGAUUGGAACACUUCUACAGUCGGUACCUGCUGAACUUGAGGUUGAGCCACAGUGACAUCCUGGAGAUCCACCACGGCAUCCUGUUCCUCCCGCUGGACAAGAACACCUACCUAAGAAUACAAUGUUUCAUCAACCUCAUCGAGGCAUCGUUUAGUCAAAUAAAGUACACAGCAUUCCUGUACAACAAUCAACUUGUUUGGAGUGGUCUUGAGCAGGACGACAUGAGGAUUUUGUACAAAUACCUUACCACAAAUUUAUUCCCCUCUUCCUUAGACACUGAGCUGAAAGAAACGACAAUAAAGUCCAACCAGACGUUAGGUAGCACUCAUUAUGGCAAAUUUGUGACAGGACCAACCGAUCCACACAACCAGCAGUCUUCCAGUCAAAUCCGACCGCCAAAGAUCUUUGUCAAUAACGGAUGUCACAUAGAAGAGCUGCACCUUGUGGUGUAUAGGGCCCUCAGUGCAACAGUGUGUCUGAUGGUUGAUGGGUCAACUGUACCACCAUUGGACUGGUAUAAGAAUAUCGACAGUUUCAUCGGUCCUCAAUUAAGUAGUCUUGCAUCGGACAUUGGUGAACAGUACGCAAAUAGGAAAGGAAGCAGUGGUUCCAGUCCAGAUUUCAAGUUUGUCUACUUUAAUCAGAUGAACUUGGCCCAGAAGACAACUGUGCACAAUCGGAAGACCGCCAGCGCCACGAUAAGUCCUGAAAUGGUUCGACUCAUCAGCGAUAUCAAUGCAGAUUUUACAAGAUUUGAGGAGGAUGGGGAGACGUUAAUGAAGACAAUGUCAGACUGUUGGGUCGUGGGCAAGAAAUCCGACCAGCGAGAAUUCUACGUGGUUAUUAAUCAGAAGAGCGCAACCCUGACAGAAAUCAAUGAGGAAGUCAAGAGAUUGUGUGCCGCACAUUUCACCAACAUCUUCUUCCUUGACUGAUGAGAAGGUAGCACUUCUUAAGAGGCCUUGUUACUAACCGACCACACCCAGCAAUACAACUAUCUGCUCUGAGCAGAUCAAAAGAGGGGGUGGUUUUUUUGGUACUCAAGUGUAUGCGCGUUUGACACGGAACACGCUUAGUACGCAGAACUAAUUUAUUCCGGCAUGUACGAUCUUUGCGUACACGCAGAACCCGCGCAAGAACCCGCUUGUAACCACCUGUCUUUCUUUUCGCCGAUUGGGGGUGUACUUCACUCGGAGCGGAUAGAUAGCGUCAUUUGCCAAGCAAAAUUGCUGGUAGUCACACAAAGACAGUCAUUUGCAUCAAGAUGGACUAUUGAUUGGGCUUAUCCUAUCUAACUGUGAGUGCCAAAACAGGUUUUUUUUUUCAAUAUGCCAGAAGAAUCAAUUUCACACUCUUAGAGGCCCUCUAGCCAAUCAUCAUUUUCCCUUGAUCAGCUAUUUCUGCACUGAACAUUAUCCGUCACACCACACAAACCACACCCAUUUUAGCAUAUAUUGCACACUAGAUGAUAUCAUUUUUUUUUGCCACUAAUUAAGCAUACAAGUUUUUAUCCAGGAUUUUACGCACUGAUUUAAGUUUACAUGAGGUGCACAGUGUAACAAAGUUGAUCUGAGCACUGAUACGGAUUUCCGUAUGUUGCAACAGGGUUUGGCAACACGAGCUGUCUCCUCUUGAUGAAUGGUGUUUGUUAUUUUUUGGAGAGCAUGGUAUUUGUACUUUUUAAUAGCAAAGCAACAUCAGAAAUUAGUCUGCACCCACAAUCGUUGCACAUGUAUGUCCGGGCCCCGAGUUGUGCUGAAGAGUGGAUUGCCACACCAAAGGGAGUAUUUCUACUGCUCACAGCUUCCACCAAGCUGUGAAACUGCUCAACGGCAUCCCUUCAGCAGGUGCUUACUGUUAUUAUGGAACUAAUACACUGGUCGGGCUGAACAAGAUUAUUCCCAGAAGCCCAAUCAAAUUGGGCUGAGUUGAAAAUCUGCCUUAACAUCGGUCAAGUUUUUCUCCUCAUCACUCUUUCACGUGGAAUGAAAAGCGUAUCGAUGUAGUUAAUUUGAUUGUUACCGUAAAUACUGUACUUCUGUGUGUAUGUGUAUACUGUAUAUAGAAUGUUUUUAUACACAUCGUAAAAUCAAGAGUGGGAAAUGCAACUACAUACGUAGGUGCACUGAACUAUUUCAGGAUCUCCUGUGUUAAAUAUGGGAACUCCAUCCUGUGGCAUUAAAAAGUUGUUCUGAAUUUUUUUUUUUUACAAUCAGGGAUCUGUUGCUAAGGUGCAUGUAGUAACGAUAUCCAUUUCCGAGAUGAAAUUGCAAACUAAAAAAAAAUGUCAGAAAGUUACUUGUUGAAUUUCUUUCCUCUCAAUAAUGAAGUUCAAAUUAUGAACAAUUUUUCUCUCCCUGUUUAUUUUUCAUUUGCCACCUGGAUUACCUAAAGCAGGUCUUACUUUGCAAGGUCCAUCAAAUUCCAGACUCAAGCCUCGAAUUUUAACAUUUCAAGAGAACCGCACACGUCCUUUACAAUAAGAAAAGUAAUUAAUUCAGAUUCCCAGUAAAGAGUAGCUUGUCAAAUUUUAUUGGCAUUAUCCUCCUGAAUGUCAGUCCACACAGGAAGCAAAUAUCAUCUUAAGAACAGUCUUUGCUAUUGGCAUUUCAUCGAAAAUCUUGAUUGAUGACAGCAGCAUGAAGUUGGCCUUACGAAACAUCAAAGAUAGCUUCUCUUUUUGUCCGUGGGCUCGUUUCAAACUGCCAGUGAUCGGUGCUCAUUUCUGAGUACACUACACAGACCCCUUUGGCUCAGCCAUUUGUCAGUGGAUAUACAAACUAACAGAUGGGGUUGUUGACAUAACUAAGACACCAUUUGAGAUGGAUUCCAUGCAGGAAAGCUACCACAAUAUAUACACCGUACAUUAUAUAGUGGUGCAACUGAAAAAGUAUGUAAGCUAGAAAGUCUGAAGUGCAACGCAUCAUUUAUAAGCACUGACCCCAGUUUCACCUGCCCCUUUCUAAGCCUCCCUCCCCUUACCAAGCCCCACCCUCUACUAAACCCCUUCACUCAUUAAGCCCCUCCCUUUAAUAACAAGCCUCUGCCAGGCCUUGGGCAUUAUAAUUUGUUUUUUUAUUUUUUUUUUAUGGCCGUAAGAAUUGGAAGCUGCAUACUUCAAACUAUCAAUUAAAAAACCCUCAUAGCAAAAUUUCUUUAACUCAGUGACAAAUCACACUGUUUUAAGUACUGGGAUUUUCAGUGUGCAAUACAUUGUUCUAAUUUUAACCCAAUAAAGGUAUACAUGUGAUAAAAACCAAA